AUGUUAGCCAUUUUAGAAAAGUUUGACAUUUUUGGUGUGCCCAUUAAGUUGAAAACCAUUAAACAAUAAGAACAGUUUAAGACAUCUCAGAGUGGAGUAAUAGCAAUCAUAAUAAUGAUGUUAAGCUUAGCUUAUUUCAUUUAUGUGAUACAACAAUGGAUUAAUGGACAAUUAAUACCUAAAGUUACAGCCUCUCAAAAAAUGAUAGAUUAUACUACUUAUGAAUGGCAAAAUGGCGAAAUCUCUUUUACUUUAUAUGAUUUAAGCACCAAGAUUAAUCCCUUCACAAAAUAAAACAACAUUAUUAUGCCAGUAUUGUUGGAAAUCUCUGGAUUAUUGGUUUCUGCUCAACCUAGAUUUUUAUAUAGCACAAUAUAAGUAAAUGAAGAUAAAAAUGUUGUAACAAUUGAUCAAGGAAAACUAGUUUUAAGUUAAGUUGAUGGGACAAAAGCAGCAGAUCAGGAAGAUAUUAAGUAAUAUUUUAUUUUUUUCACAAAAUGUCGCUCAGAUUGGAUGGAAGAAGGGGGCUAUUGUGCUGAUCAAUAAGCGAUUGACGAUUAUUUCAGUAUCAAUCAUGGGUUAUUAUUUUUGUCAAUAAAUUUGUAGUAAUACAAUUAUGAGACUUUGGAAUUUGAUGAAAUUAAAAAGACAUAAUUCUUUGCUUUUGAAGAAAGUAGCCCAUUUUAUUCUUAAGUAAUCCUAUAAAAAUAACGAACAACUGUUGAUAAGGGAAUCUUAUUUAAUAGCUUUGAAUACUUUGAUGUGAUAAAGGAUUAUUAAGUUAUAACUUAAUCUGUAACAAAGAAAUUUGCUUAGGAUACUGUAAAGACUAUGGAUGGUUCUGAAUUCAAUUUCGAAACUUUGGGUACAUUCGUCUUCAGGAUUGAUAACAUAGAAGCAAAUGAGACUAUUUUAAUGCCUAAAUUAGGAGAGGUAUUGGCUCAGAUUGGGUCCAUAAUUAAUAUCAUAAUGUUGUUGAAAAUACUCUCCAAUAUGAUUAAUACAGCGAUGUUGGAGAGUACAAUAUUGCAUUAAAUAAUUGAAAUUUAUUAUCCUCAAUUUAAAUAAGUCUAAAUAACUAAGAACAUUUUAGGAUAGAUAAAGGAAGCGCGUUAUAAAGGCGUUGAAAUUAAGUUAACAUAAUUUUAGCACACAUACAAUGAAUUACUAGAAAUUGCUAGAGCAAAGUUCACUUUCAAUAAUCUUAUUUAGGAAUUGUCUCGUGUUCAACUGGUUUUGGUAAAUUAAAUAGGAAUGGAAAAUAUAAAAAAAAUAUUUAAGAAAGAAGAAGAUCUGAAAUUCUUUGAUUAAGAUAGAUCACCACAAACCUAAUGUUAAGUGUAGAAUUUAGUUUCAGUAUCUCCAGAAGAGUCGCCAAAGAUUUAAGAAUUUGAAAGGUUUGUAUUGUUUAGUUCAGAUAUUUCAGAUUGA